CGGCAGUGUUAUCCCAUGCCUGUCGUACUUUCCGCUUUCGCCAGCCAUACUCUUCUGGGCCACACUCCCGUCUCCCAUCAAGACUAUCAGACUGGAAACUUUUCAUUUCCCUUUUCAUUGUAGAUCUCGUCAAGCAUUCUUCGUGUCAUUUUGUUUGGGAUUCCAGUGCCUCCAGAACCGAAGACCUGCACGAAGACCCAAUUUUUCCAACAUGUAUAGCUCAUUAAAAACAGUAACUAGCUAGUAUCGACCCUCUGCCCUAGCUGUUGAAAAGCACUCGCCCCGGGCAUACUAUAUUUUGGCUGUAAAUAGCCGACAAUAAAUGAUGGCCGGGAUGUCUAAGUAGCGAGGUGUGUAGUCAACAGAACGAGCGAUUUUUUCUCGAGAUGAGGAUUCAGUUAUCUCUCAACCCAAAAUUCACUGCUGGAGGUCUUGCACCACUUGUGGUAAAUCUCGACGAAGCCCGACCAUGUUCACCUGCCAAGGCGAUGGCAAGAAACGCGCAACAAGAAUCAUCUGCCGGAUAACACCCACCUUCCUCAGGGUGCUGCUGUCGGUGGUAUCGUCGACGUCUGCCUGCUGCAGUUAUUCCAGAAACCGCAGUACGUAAACAUAGUUUGCGAGCUGUUCGAGGCUGACAACAGAGAAAUAACAAACAUCCAGCUAGUAUCCCAUUGACCCCCCAUAUUCUCGUUCCUAUCACCAUGGUAUACUUGCCAACACCAAAGCCCGCGUUGGGUUCCAAGGUUCCCUUUGCCCGACGAUAGAUGACGAACUUGUGAUCAAGGCAACGUCAGCGCAACGGCUGCCUCGAAGAAUAAAAGACCUCCAUCGCCAAGUCACUCGGGAGAAUCAUCUGGAAUCCGCCAUGAUUAGGAGGCCAGGUUGGCGCUGCUGUUUCCUGCUCGGCGUACGCGGCCCGAUAUUCGAGUGAUCAAAACCUGCAGCACCAAGAAGCUCAGCCAACGACGAGACAAAAACACAAUGUGCUCAACUCAACACACAUGUCCAAGACUGGCAGGCGCUUGCACACCAGAUUCCUCAACAUCAAGAUGCCAACCACAUCACAUAGCCUCCUCGACGCGUAGCGGUCAACGGGCGGUUCCCCGAAUAUCCUUCAAGAGACAUGCCCACAUGCUCAAAAUACCACAGAAGCUGGGCUGCAACGGAAGCGACAAAAACUUUUGUCGAAUCGCUUCCUGGUUUUGUGGAAACAUGAUGACAGAGUCCCGGGAAAGGAGGCCGCUGAAGGCCGGGGUGCAUGAUGCACAAGGUGCCUUUCUCUGCCGCUCCCCGCGGGGGUGCUUUCUCCAUCAAGAGUCUGCGGAGGAGGACACACGAAGACUGCAGUUGGAUGAGAUCAUCGGAUUUGUGGGGAACACGAUUCCUGAAACCGGGAAAAGCUUGUCAGCGGGACAACUGACGUCCAUCAGAGAAGAAAACCCUGAAGGGGAAAAGAUUGCAGGGGCAAGACAGAUCAAGGUCUAGAGGCUUGGCUAGGCCCGUCUGGGGGAUUGUCGGCAAGGCUGCCGAACAUUCUAUAUUGGUCUCCGGACCAUCAUGUUCCGCCCGUCCACCGGCGGCCCUCACGGAUGACAACCUCACUGCACCGAGUCGGACUAGGCGCCGAGAUGUUGCACCCAGAUCGGGAUCGUGACCGGAUUGACGCCGGCGUGGCACUCCUUGGCCUCCAAGCCACCAAGCCUGCUGUCAUGCCCCCCAGAUUCCGCGCGGCUACUGCUGCCAACUGCGGAACCCGAGGCCGUCAAGUCUUUGCAACCGAAAGAUGCACAAUCUUGAAAGCAUGAUGGCGGGACUUGGUGUUGUCACGGCAGGCGGCACAGGUAUAUAUACCCGUCACCAUCCCAUCCAGAAUCCUUUCUAGAGAGCCAUCCAUCGACGAGCACAUUCGAGCAAGUUUACCUGGACCACUCCCUCAAACUCCAUCCACCGUCACCAUGAAGUUCGCCCCUAUCCUCCUUGCCUCCGCCGCGAGCGCCCACACCAUCUUCUCCUCCCUCGAGGUGAACGGUGUCAACCACGGUGUUGGUGGUGGUGUCCGUGUGCCCAGCUACAACGGCCCCAUUGAGAAUGUCGACUCUGCCUCGAUCGCCUGCAACGGUGCUCCCAACCCGACCACCCCCACCUCCAAGGUCAUCACCGUCCAGGCUGGUCAGAACGUGACCGCCAUCUGGCGCUACAUGCUCUCCACCACCGGCUCUGCCCCCAACGACAUCAUGGACAUCUCCCACAAGGGCCCCACCAUGGCCUACCUCAAGAAGGUCAACGACGCCACCACCGACUCUGGUGUCGGCGGCGGUUGGUUCAAGAUCCAGGAGGACGGCUACAACAACGGCGUCUGGGGCACCGAGAAGGUCAUCAACGGCCAGGGCCGCCACAGCAUCAAGAUCCCCUCCUGCAUCGCCCCCGGCCAGUACCUCCUCCGUGCUGAGAUGCUUGCUCUCCACGGUGCCGGCAACUACCCCGGUGCUCAGUUCUACAUGGAGUGUGCUCAGCUCAACAUUGUCGGCGGUACCGGCAGCAAGACCCCCUCCACCGUUGCCUUCCCCGGUGCUUACUCUGGCUCCCACCCCGGUGUCAAGAUCAGCAUCUACUGGCCCCCUGUCACCAACUACCAGAUCCCCGGCCCCUCGGUCUUCACCUGCUAAGAAGUUUCUUCUUGAGUGGCGGUGGAACAAGGGGUUUUUUUUUUUUGGCGAGGUGGUAGUAGAAGAAAGCGAAUAGCAUUGAUAGAGUGGUUGGGAGUGGGAACGGUGCAUUUGCAUCCAUGUGAGUUUUUCACCUCGGUGAUAACUCUGAUGGCAUUCUUUUCAAACUUCUUGUAGAUAUUCAAUUUCUGGCCUCUUCUUUGGGACGAGAGUCGGGACAUAACAAUUUUGAUACAUGGGCGUUUUUGCUCAACUCAAAAACACUUCUCCGUCGCAGUGACAUUUUCUCUUGUGGUCGUUGCCAAGAGGGUGCCACCCAUGUCUAACCGAUCGGCUUUGGAAGCCGUUAGCUUGGUUGCUUUGAGCUUGUUCAUAGGGGCGCUAAAGGGGGGAAGGUAACUGCCGGU